AUGGAUGAACUGGCAGCUACCCCAGGACCCUCGCACGGGCUGUUCCUCAUUGCUUCAGCUGAUCGCCUUGCAGUGUCCCUUCUAUCUGUGUCCAGCAUCACCACCUCCCGGGACACUGUGGCCCACCGGACGAGAUCAUCGGAUGCUCAUUCAUCUGGGUCUUCGGAUGCACAUAUGGAUGCCUCUGGACCCUCAGACAGUGAUGCACCAAGCCGGACGCGGCCCAAGAGCCCAAGGAAACAUAAUUACAGGAAUGAAAGUACCCGGGAAAGCCUCUGUGACUCUCCUCAUCAGAACCUUUCUAGACCUCUUCUAGAAAACAAACUUAAAGCAUUCAGUAUUGGAAAAAUGAGCACAGCGAAGCGAACCUUAAGUAAGAAAGAACAAGAGGAAUUAAAGAAAAAGGAGGAUGAGAAGGCGGCCGCUGAGAUUUAUGAGGAGUUUCUUGCUGCUUUUGAAGGAAGCGAUGGUAACAAAGUAAAGACGUUUGUUCGCGGAGGAGUUGUCAAUGCAGCCAAAGAAGAACAUGAAACAGAUGAGAAAAGAGGGAAAAUCUAUAAGCCAUCUUCAAGGUUUGCAGAUCAAAAAAAUCCUCCAAAUCAAUCAUCCAAUGAGAGACCACCAUCUCUUCUUGUGAUUGAAACAAAAAAACCCCCACUAAAGAAAGGAGAGAAAGAAAAGAAAAAAAGCAAUUUGGAACUCUUUAAAGAAGAACUAAAACAAAUUCAAGAAGAACGAGAUGAGAGACAUAAAACCAAAGGCAGGUUGAGCCGGUUUGAGCCACCUCAGUCAGACUCUGACGGCCAGCGUCGGUCUAUGGAUGUGCCUUCCAGAAGAAAUCGAUCAUCUGGUGUUCUUGACGAUUACGCGCCUGGCUCACAUGAUGUUGGAGACCCGAGCACCACUAACUUAUACCUCGGAAACAUCAACCCACAGAUGAAUGAAGAAAUGCUGUGCCAAGAAUUUGGAAGAUUUGGACCAUUAGCUAGUGUAAAAAUUAUGUGGCCUAGAACUGAUGAAGAAAGAGCAAGAGAGAGAAACUGUGGCUUUGUAGCCUUUAUGAAUAGAAGAGAUGCCGAGAGAGCUUUGAAAAAUUUAAAUGGAAAGAUGAUUAUGUCUUUUGAGAUGAAGUUAGGCUGGGGCAAAGCCGUCCCGAUCCCUCCUCACCCGAUAUACAUCCCUCCUUCCAUGAUGGAGCACACGCUCCCCCCGCCCCCCUCCGGCCUGCCUUUCAAUGCGCAGCCUCGAGAGCGGCUCAAAAACCCCAGCGCCCCCAUGCUGCCGCCGCCCAAAAACAAGGAGGAUUUUGAGAAGACUCUGUCGCAAGCCAUAGUCAAAGUGGUUAUCCCAACAGAAAGGAAUUUGCUCGCUCUGAUACAUCGAAUGAUAGAGUUUGUUGUACGUGAAGGGCCGAUGUUUGAAGCGAUGAUUAUGAACAGAGAAAUCAACAACCCUAUGUUCAGGUUCUUAUUCGAAAACCAGACACCAGCCCAUGUCUACUACAGGUGGAAGCUUUAUUCUAUUCUGCAGGGAGAUUCUCCAACUAAAUGGAGGACCGAAGACUUUCGUAUGUUCAAGAACGGAUCUUUCUGGAGGCCUCCACCGUUAAAUCCAUACCUUCACGGAAUGUCAGAAGAGCAAGAAACAGAAGCGUUCGUAGAGGAGCCCAGUAAAAAGGGGGCGCUGAAGGAAGAACAGAGAGACAAAUUAGAGGAGAUCUUGCGGGGAUUAACUCCAAGGAAAAAUGACAUUGGGGACGCAAUGGUAUUCUGUCUCAAUAAUGCCGAAGCCGCCGAGGAAAUAGUGGACUGCAUUACUGAGUCGCUGUCCAUCCUAAAGACACCUCUUCCUAAAAAGAUUGCCAGAUUAUAUUUGGUUUCUGAUGUUUUGUACAACUCUUCAGCCAAAGUUGCCAAUGCUUCAUAUUAUAGGAAAUUGCCGGUGUGGUGUCGCAUUCACUUGGGCAGUAUCCUCCUCGAUGGCCUCCUUGUUCCAACCCACACCGUGUCUGUCACGCAGGACGUGCCGGAUGACCUGGACGGCGCGCCCAUCGAGGAGGAGCUGGACGGCGCGCCGCUGGAGGACGUGGAUGGGGUUCCCAUCGACGCCACGCCCAUCGAUGACCUCGACGGGGUUCCCAUCAAGAGCCUGGACGACGACCUGGACGGCGUGCCCUUGGACGCUGCUGAAGACUCAAAGAAGAGCGAGCCCAUAUUUAAGGUGGCCCCAUCGAAGUGGGAAGCGGUAGACGAAUCUGAACUGGAGGCACAGGCUGUAACAACUUCUAAGUGGGAGUUAUUUGACCAGCACGAAGAAUCAGAAGAAGAAGAAAAUCAAAAUCAAGAAGAAGAAAGUGAAGAUGAAGAAGAUACCCAGAGUUCCAAGUCUGAAGAGCAUCAUUUGUACUCCAACCCCAUCAAGGAAGAGAUGGCUGAGUCCAAGUUCUCUAAGUACUCGGAGAUGAGUGAGGAGAAACGAGCCAAGCUUCGAGAGAUCGAGCUCAAAGUUAUGAAGUUUCAGGAUGAAUUGGAAUCGGGAAAAAGACCUAAAAAGCCAGGCCAAAGUUUCCAAGAGCAAGUAGAGCACUACAGAGAUAAACUUCUUCAACGAGAGAAAGAGAAAGAAUUAGAAAGAGAACGGGAGAGAGACAAGAAAGAUAAGGAGAAGUCGGAAUCUCGAACCAAAGACAAGAAGGAGAAGGAGGAGUGCACGCCCACGCGGAAGGAGAGGAAAAGGCGGCACAGCAGCUCCCCCAGCCCCUCGCGCAGCAGCAGCAGCCGGCGGGUGAAGUCCCCGUCCCCCAAGUCGGAGCGGCCGGAGCGGCCCGAGCGAUCCCACAAAGAGAGCUCUCGGUCCCGGACAUCUCACAAAGACUCUCCCCGAGAUGUUAGCAAAAAAGCCAAAAGAUCACCGUCUGGCUCAAGGACACCCAAAAGGUCUAGGCGGUCACGGUCUAGAUCCCCUAAAAAAUCAGGGAAGAAGUCCAGAUCUCAGUCCCGCUCUCCACACAGGUCUCAUAAAAAGUCAAAGAAAAACAAACACUGACAUAACGUUUUUAAGAUGCUGCCACUUCUUGGAAAUGCAAUUUUGUUUUGUGCCUGAAUGGUCUGGUUUUUUUUUUUUUUAAGAAAAAAAAAACAAAAAACAAAAAAAUCAAAUGAAAGCAUUCCUGGGUUUUUUUGUUUGUUUGUUUGUGAAUGCAUGUGUAAACUCACGAGUAACUGCAUCUGUAGAUUUGUCGUUGUUUUAUAUUGUACAAACUACUUUCGUUGUGGCUGUUUCUCCAGAUGAAAUUUUUACUGUGCCCAUGAAUUUCAUCAGAAGUGUGUAUAACGGAUCUGCUGGCGGUAGUAGUAUUCUGUUUUAGGAUGUGACUUAGCAAAAAUAAUACAGAUGUCGCCCCCUUUUGUAGCUUUGACAAUUUGAAUUAGAUUUCAAAUAAAAUCUGAACAGAAAAGCA